AUGAUAAAAGCAAUUCUAGUCUUUAAUAACCAUGGGAAACCUAGACUCUCUAAAUUCUACCAAUAUUUUGCUGAAGAUAUGCAACAACAAAUUAUCAAAGAAACGUUCCAGUUGGUUUCUAAAAGAGACGAUAACGUUUGCAACUUUUUGGAAGGUGGAAGUUUAAUUGGAGGAAGUGACUACAAACUAAUCUACAGACAUUAUGCUACUCUAUAUUUUGUAUUUUGUGUAGACUCCUCAGAAAGUGAACUUGGUAUUUUGGAUCUGAUACAAGUAUUUGUUGAAACCUUGGAUAAGUGCUUUGAAAAUGUAUGUGAACUAGACUUAAUAUUCCAUGUUGAUAAAGUUCACUAUAUACUAAAUGAACUUGUAAUGGGUGGUAUGGUUUUAGAAACAAAUAUGACAGAAAUACUUACCAGGAUAGAAGACCAAAACAAAAUGGAGAAAGCAGAGGCUGGCAUUGCUGCAGCACCUGCAAGAGCUGUAUCAGCUGUUAAAAACAUGAACAUUCCACAACAAAUCAAAGACAUCAAGUUACCCGACUUGCCGCAGGCUAUUAAAGAUUUGAAAUUCUGA